AUGCCGUCGCCAAAGCGGAGAAUAGACGCCGAGACGGCAGAGAAACUAGCCGCAGAAGAAGGCUUCAUCACGGAAGAGGAAAGCGAGCAAGACGACGGAUCAGAAGACGAAAGCGGCUCGUCCGAAGAAGAAAGCAGCAGCGAGGAAGAGCAAGAAGCGCCUAGAAGAUUGAUGAUACGGCCGAAAUUCGUGCCCAAAAGCCAACGGGGAAAAGAAGCACUCAACAAGGAAGGAUCCGAAGAAGAAGCCCGUCUCGCCGAGGCGGCUGCCAAGCAGAAAGCCGCCGACGAGCUUGUCGAGGAGCAAAUACGAAAGGACCUUGCUGCUCGCGCAGCCGGCAAGAAGCACUGGGACGACGACGAGAAUUCCGACUCGGACGUCGACACUACAGAUGGCCUCGACCCGGAAGCCGAAGAAGCAGCCUGGCGCGUGCGCGAGCUGAAGCGCCUCAAGCGUGCCAGACUAGCCAUCGAGGAGCGCGAGCGGGAGCUGGCAGAGCUCGAGCGCAGACGAAACCUCACAGAGGAGGAGCGCAAGGCCGAAGACGAAGCGCACCUCGCUAAGCAGCGCGAAGAAAAGGAAAACAAGGGCAAGAUGUCGUACAUGCAGAAAUACUACCACAAGGGCGCCUUCUUCCGGGAGGAGGCAGAAGCGGCGGGUCUCCUGCAGCGCGAUAUCAUGGGGACCAGGAUUGCGGAUGACGUGCGGAACAGAGAGGCCCUGCCGGAGUACCUGCAACGGAGGGACAUGACAAAGCUGGGCAAGAAGGGUGCCACCAAGUACAGGGACAUGCGGUCCGAGGAUACCGGUCGCUGGGGAGAAUUCAACGAUAGGAGGGGCGGAAAGUUUGGCGGCGAUGAGAGAUUCCGGCCUGAUGACGAGCGGUUCAAGCCCGACGAGAGGGACGCAAAGGGCGCCAAUGCGGUCCCCCUGGGCGACAAGGAGAGACGAAGAGACGACGGGAGAGGGGACAGCUACAGACCGAGGGAUAGGUCUCGGUCUCGGUCGCCGAGGAGGGAAGGCGACAGACGAAGGAAGAGGAGUACCUCGAGGCAUACACAUGACGGCGAUAAGCGACGGAGAGUGAGUCCAUUAUAG